AUGGCCCCCAGCUUCAUUCUCACCCUUUCCGGCCCCGAUCGCCCCGGCAUUGUCCACGCCGUGACCGCGUUCCUGGUCCAGCACAACCUCAACAUUGUGGACUCCUCGCAGUUUGGCGACCCCACCUCCCAGCGCUUCUUCAUGCGUGUGCGAUUUGCACCCGCUGGCGAUGAGGAACCUACCCUCGAUAGCUUGAACGCUGCCUUCCAGACUACCGCGAAGAGCUUCUCCAUGGACUUCGAGAUCCACCCCACUACCCAGAAGCCCCGCGUGCUGAUCAUGGUCUCCAAGAUCGGCCACUGCCUCAAUGACCUCCUUUUCCGCCAGUCGACCGGUCAGCUGAGCAUUGAGAUCCCCUUGAUCGUAUCCAACCACCCGGAAUUCGCCGCGCUCGCCGCCACCUAUAAAAUCCCCUUCUUCCACCUCCCCGUCACGGCCGAUACCAAGUCUCAGCAGGAGUCGCAGGUGCUGGAACUUGUCAGCCAGCACAACAUUGAUCUGAUCGUUCUGGCCCGCUACAUGCAGGUUCUUUCCCCGACCCUGUGCGAGGCCAUGUCCGGCCGUAUCAUCAACAUCCACCACAGUUUCUUGCCUUCCUUCAAGGGUGCCAAGCCCUACCACCAGGCCUAUGACCGCGGCGUGAAGAUCAUUGGUGCCACUGCCCACUUUGUCACCAGCGACCUCGAUGAGGGUCCCAUCAUCGAGCAGAAUGUUGUUCGCGUCAGCCACGGAAUGAGCCCCAAGGAGCUGACCCACGCUGGCAGCAAUGUCGAGAGCAACGUUCUCGCCACCGCCGUCAAGUACUUCGCCGAGCGCCGUGUACUUCUGAACGGUCACAAGACUGUUGUUUUCGACUAA